AAGUGAAAAAGUAACGCCUACGAUUUCCAGAAUGUGGUAGGAAAAAAAAAAGGUAGGGAAAUGUCUACUCGUUCACUUUUACCCCAGUUUUUUUGCGCUGUCGAACGACGCCUGACGCUCGGAAUAGCGCACCGAACAAGUUGUACCAAAGCCGUCAUAAGGCGAGUUUCAUACUUAAAGCAGAAAUCAGUAAUUGCUUUAACUAGAAGACACCUUGUAUCUGAUAUACAGGGUUUUAUCCCCUGUCAGAGAUAUACAACUAGUACUAUGGCUCCAGUUAUUCCUAAAGGAGACCCCAUCCAAAUUAUAGAUAAUUUGAUAAAAAACAAUAGAAUUGCUAUAUUCAGCAAAACAACAUGCCCUUUCUGUCUUAAGGUGAAAGAACUCUUUAGUUCAUUGAAUUUAGAAGUUGCUGUGAUUGAACUUGAUACCAGAGAGGAUGGAGGUGCCAUUCAGGACGCCUUAUUGCAGAAAACGGGACAGAAAACGGUACCCAAUGUUUUCGUGAGUGGUCAGCACGUUGGUGGUUGUGAUAGUACCAUUGCAGCCCAUCGCAAUGGAAGCCUAGAAUUUCUAUUAAGUAAAUCAGAUGCCGGUCCAAAAGCCGAAAUGCCUGAUGAAGUUAAGUAUGAUUAUGAUCUUGUUGUGAUUGGCGGUGGAUCUGGCGGCCUGGCGGCUUCUAAGGAAGCUGCAUUGCUUGGAGCUAAAGUGGCUGUAUGUGACUUCGUCGUUCCGACGCCAAUCGGCACGACGUGGGGUCUUGGCGGUACUUGUGUCAAUGUUGGAUGCAUUCCCAAAAAAUUGAUGCAUCAGGCUGCCAUUUUAGGCCAAUCAAUCAGUGAUGCCAAAAAAUUUGGAUGGGAAGUAGACGAUUCUGCAAAACACAACUGGCACACAAUGGUGGAAGGCAUUCAGGCUCACAUUGGUUCCCUGAAUUGGGGCUACCGCGUUGCCUUGAGAGAGAAGAAAGUGAACUAUUUGAAUGCAUACGCCGAGUUUGUAGACCCACACACCCUGAAGACUACCGAUAAGAAGAAGAAAGAAACUACAAUCACGUCUAAAUACAUCCUGCUUGCCACCGGUGGUCGCCCACGCUAUCCCGACAUUCCAGGUGCUCGAGAGUUUGGCAUCACAUCAGACGAUAUCUUUUCGUUGCCACAUCAUCCGGGCAAAACUUUACUUGUUGGUGCUUCUUACAUCGCUCUCGAAUGUGCUGGAUUCCUCGCCGGCAUUGGUGUCGAUUCGACGGUCAUGGUUCGUUCGAUUCUCUUGAGAGGAUUUGAUCAGCAAAUCGCUGAGCUUAUUGGAUCAUAUAUGGCAAAACAUGGCAUUCGAUUUCAGCGAGGAUACAUACCGAUUAAGUUGGAGCGCAUUGAAGAAGGUUCGCCUGGACGAAUUAAGGUGACAUCGCAAAAUGAACAAGGUGAAUUGUUGGAAGAGGAAUACAAUACUGUUCUCUUUGCAAUUGGUCGUGACGCUUGCACGAAUAACAUUGGAAUCGAAAAAGCCAAUGUUAUGCUUAACCCGAAGAAUGGAAAAGUGAUCUGUGACGAGAAAGAGCAAACUAACGUUCCUCAUAUCUAUGCAAUUGGAGAUAUUUUGGAUGGUAAACUGGAACUAACCCCUGUUGCCAUUCAGGCUGGUCGUCUGCUAGCUAAGCGUUUGUUUGGAGGAGGAACCCUGAUUACAGAUUACGUCAACGUACCAACUACGGUCUUCACUCCACUCGAGUACGGCUCUGUUGGUCUUUCGGAAGAGGAUGCUAUUGCUAAAUACGGCGCUGACGACAUUGAAGUUUACCAUUCCUUCUUGACACCACUUGAAGUUACUGUACCUAAGCGUGACGAUAAUACGGGAUACGCUAAGCUGAUCUGCGUUAAAUCGUUGAAUGAAAAAGUGGUUGGGUUUCAUAUUUUAUCACCGAAUGCGGGCGAGAUAACGCAAGGUUUUGCGAUCGGCCUUAAGCUUGGAGCCACCAAAGCGGAUUUCGAUAAUUUGAUUGGAAUUCAUCCUACAAUUGCAGAAGUAUUUACUACAUUGAGUGCAACGAAGAGUUCGGGAGUUGACGUUCUCCAGAAGGGUUGCUGAGGUUAAGUUCUGCUGUAGCGUUGUCAAAGCACAUCUCUAACUGAGUAUUCUCGUACGAUGUAAAGAGAAGUCUAGACAAUCCGCAGCAGCCGUUUUCAUCGAUUUGAAUUGAAUGUCUUGUAGAGGAAACAAAAAGCGUAUGCGUCGAAUCUUCUCAUUAUGAUGGACUUGUUCCUUAAACCAAUGUUUUUUGGCGGAACAGUUCUGAUGUUGGCAUUUCUAAUCGAAUCACUAAUCUUAAUUAUUAUAAUAUAAUGUAGAAUAUGCUAGUAACAAAUAAAUAUCGAAAAUUCUA